UUUUUUUUUGGUCAAUAACAAAAGACUUAUUUGCUGCUGCUUCUGCUUCUUCUUCUUCUUCUUCUUCUUCUUCGAUUCGCUUGGCUUCGUUUCUACGUUCUUCGUUUGGCUUCCAAGAAAAUAAAGGACAUCGAAAACGCUGUUCAUUUUCUUGCUUCAAAGAAGAUUCCGGAACAAAACUUCUCCUUUUCUCGAACAUUAUUCUGUUACUCCCAAAUUGAAGCUUCAAGCACGCUUUGGCCAUGGAAGCUCCGGAAAAAUCAGAGGAAAUCGUCUCGGCUGGUGCUCCAAAAUUGGCUGGAAUUGUCAACUGGGGCACAGCAACUGUGAUUGGAGUAUUUGCAGGCAUGUUAUAUGGAGGCAGCAAGGAGGCUUCUGCUUCAGUUAGUAAAGAUGCGGAAGUUAUGUUGAAACUUGGGAGCACACCUGACAAGCGUGAACAAUACCGUUUGAUGAGGGAUGCGAUGGAGAAGAGGUUUAUUCGUGUCACCCGGGGCUCAAUUAUUGGGGGAGUGCGACUCGGGAUGUUCACGGCUGCUUUUUGUGGUUUGCAAAAUUUCCUUGCUGAGAAACGUGGUGUGCACGAUGUCUUGAACAUCGUUGGAGCUGGUUCAGCUACUGCUGCUACAUUUGGUUUGAUAUUGCCAGGAACACUCCUAUGGCGUGCGAGGAAUGUGAUGAUGGGUUCGGUCCUAGGUGCUGCUGUUUGUUUUCCGAUUGGGUGGAUUCAUUUAAAGCUAGUCGAGAAAGCGAAUGAAGGGAAUCCAGCUGCACAUCUUGGUUCAGAUCAAGGGGGAGAGAAAAAGAGCGGCGUUGGUGCUGCAAUUGACAGGCUUGAAGAAAACUUGAACAAGUAGAAAACAUGGAAAAUAUAGGAUCAGAAUUCAGAAGCCCUCCAUUCUCCCAAUGACUGGGGAGAAGAAAUAGGAAAGCGGGUUAUGUCCCAAUUGGAAUUUUGUUGUUGUUUAGCUUUUACUGUGCUCACCUUUCAUGGUGGGUUGGCCUAGAAUAGUUAGGGAUGAGACAUUAUUAUACAGCUUAGGUUAGUUUGCCAGAGGUUUUUUUUUUCAUCGGCAACUUUUCAUAUCCAUUUUUUCAGUUUAUUUAGCAACUUCGCUUCUAUAUUUAUGAAUAAAAAUAUCUUCCGUUCAAUGUAAAACAAUUUAUUUGAUGAGAAAUACGUAGACGUGUAACCAA